AUGUUCGAUACUACCAUGACCCAAUCUGAGCUUUCAGAGAAUUUGGAUGAAAAGAAUCUUUCUCCUAGUGAUAAGAAAGCAGAUAAACAGAAAAAUCUAACCCAAGCUCUAUUCGACUAUGUGGUAGAAAAAGCUGAAGCACCAGUUGCUUCAACAUCUGAAACUUCUAAGACGUCUAAUCUACCUGAGCCAAAAAUCGUUGAGUGGUCUCAAAAGGACCAGCUCGAAACUAGCAAGCUUCCCGAACCUAUUGAGCUUAUAAAUGGAAUGGCUCGCAGGUAUGUUAAAGUUGCUCUUGCCAGAGGUACUGAUAACAGACGCUCAUUUAGUGAAGAGCGGAUAAAGGCUCUCUUACCAGAUAAGAGAAAAGAAAAACUCACCAUAGAGGAAAAGGCAAAAUAUUGCGCUAAAAUCAGUGAUGCUAUGGAUAUUUUCACACAUUAUUUAGAUUUAGGCCCAAAAAAUGAUUAUGAAAAUGAAAUAGUCACCAGUGGCAAUACAGAAUCAAAAGAGUUUGACUCCAAACUAGAGACAAGCGACAGUUCAAAACCUCAAAUACAGGCUUCUUUGUCAUCUCAAACAAUAGAAAUAGAUUCAAUGUUAGCUGAAAUUGAUGCAAU